AUGGCGAUGGCUUCUCUGCUCAUGACGCCCUUGAUCGCGAUAAAUUUAAUUGCAAAGGAGCUUUACUCAGGAAGCCACUGCGCUGGUACGCCCAAUGUCCUCAAAAUGGUCGAGGCAGAGAGCUGCGAUGCCGAAGCCUGUACGGCACACGACCUGGGUGGCUAUACGCUUUUCGUGGCUGUAUCAUGCAACGUCAUUGACCGGUUCAAGUAUACGAAGGAUCGCUUUAAAGGAAAUGACUACGUGAUGAUGGAAGAGUACAGCGAAGCUGGAUGCCAGAAAUUGGUUCAGACUACCGUAUAUCCGACGUCAGGUGUCUGCGAGAGAUCGUCGGCAGUAGCUAAUGAGUCUAACAUUGUGCGUCUUUAUGAAAACGGCGCAGCGGCUGUUUUAAAUUUUGAAAGUGGUGAUUGUGGCAGUCCACCUUCGCAAGAAUUCCAGCUCAACCACGACGAAAUCUCAAACGGCGACUGCAUUCAAGAGCGUUACAGGUUUUACACUUCGCUAAAAUCGAAAAAAACCGACUAUAGCAGCUCGACAUACUUCUCUGAAAGCAACCAGUUGAAGGACAGCUUGGAUGACGAUGGUCUCAGCGGCGGCGUUGUCGUCACUAUUGUAGCUGGAGUGGUUGCUUGCGUUGGAAUCCUGGCUUAUGCUACGUUUAGGUUUAUACGACACCGGUACGAUAACAACUUUCAGAAGGACACAGGGAUUGCAGCUCUUGCUGCAAGUUAUGCCGGCUACCCGACACCCGAAAGCGCUUUGAAUGCUAUCACGCUGGGCUCGGAAUCCUCGCACUCACAGGAUAAUACAAUUACUGAAGAGAAAAUACGUGGCCGAAGCGGGGCUAAUGGGUUGUGGGACGACGAGAUCAUUGUUACCGCUCGUGUUCCUCGCGAAAAAAUUCUCGUGCAGGACCUCAUUAGUCGAGGAGGUUAUGGGGAAGUCUACGUGGGCUUAUUCAAUGGUGAACGUGUGGCCGUGAAAAUGUUGUUGCCAGAAAUGCGCAAGAGUAUUAGUCACUUGAACGAUUUUCUGGCGGAGGUCAAGCUGAUGGCGACACUGAACCACGAACGCAUCGUCCAUUUCGUUGGUGUUGCCUGGGACUCGCUCACCGAUCUUUGCGUGUUGUCCGAGUAUAUGGAAGGUGGCGAUCUUCGAAUUCUUCUCAAGAAUUGCGAAGACGAGCACACUCCGCUUGGCUUUGACCGAAGCAAAGCUACAAUUGCUCUCCACGUCGCUCACUCUCUCACGUAUCUGCACUCGUUGUCACCACCCGUUCUUCAUCGUGACCUCAAGUCCAAGAACAUUUUACUGACAUCACAAUUGGAUGCAAAGCUCACAGACUUUGGGGUCUCUCGAGAACGGUCCGACUUUACAAUGACUGGCGGCGUCGGAUCCUCUCGGUGGAUGGCACCGGAAGUGAUGAUGGGAGACCGGUAUGACGACAAGGCCGACAUGUUUUCGUUUGGUGUUGUGCUGGCCGAAUUAGAUCAGCAUUUGCUUCCUUAUGCUAACUCCAAGGACAAAAGCAAUUCCGGCCGAGCGAUGCCUGACCUAGCAAUUUUACAAUUGGUGGCGUCGGGUAAACUCCGAAUCGAGUUUUCUUUAGGAACCCCCAAAGCUAUUAGGGACUUAGGAAUGGCAUGUGUGUCCAUUGAUCCCAAGGAUCGACCCUCAGCAGCAGACGCGCUGUACAAACUUCACACCAUUUUAGCGCGGGGACUUUAG